AUGGCGUGUAGAGAAGUAAAACCAUGCAGUGUUCCUGGCCUUAACGAGACUUUGAAAGUCCAGGACUUGGAGGAAAGCCGUAAUAUUUACAACCUGCUCCCAGACGAUUCACAACAACCGGAAAUCCUCGAGUCACACAUACACGAUCUUGCUGCACUCUUCGUUCGAAAUCGCGCUGAUGGAAUCCUCGGCAUCCAUUUAGCUCAUGCCCACUUUACCAUCCCUGAGAACACCGCUAUACUCGGUAUUAACUACGAUAAGCCUUCCUGUCGCUGGGCCAGACCCAUGGCCAUCCGAACUGUGGAUCUCAGCAACGUACACGGGCACAUAUUCGUUCUCACAAACCACGGUUUCCACCCAUACGAGUAUCAAAUAGGCCCUGGACCCGAUUUGUCCGGAGUUGAUAGCGCCUUCCUCUCGGAGCUCGCUGAUUAUCUGAACACAAAUAAUCUAUCAACUCUUGUUGGACUGCAGGUCAUUGGCCAGAAUCCCGCACACAUGUUAGAGCUCGUCCUCCCUCAAGGAACUGUCAUGCUGGAUGUCUCGAAUUUGAACGGAUGUGUCCCCUCUAGGCAAACUGGCUGGAAGUUCGAACUUGAUAACGGUGAGCCACGCGUAUGUACAGCAAAUGAGAUGCAUGGCACGCAUGAGAACGGGCAUAAGAUUUACAACGAAGGUGCGCCUUAUCCAAAGCUGGCAACUUUUCAGGACGUCAAGAAUGCACUUGUAAAGGCUGGAAUUCUUUCUGUAGCUUAG